UACGUGUUCUUCUAUGGACGCAUUCAAUCGCCGGAGAGGUUUUACGGUGGCUCUUCCAGUGAUGUACCUUCUACCACGUAGCUCCGUUAGCACGAGACAUUCUCGCAGGGUCAAAAUCGAAUAUAGGUCUUAACCGUAAGCCCGACAUUUACUGGCACGUAGCGUUUUACUCCCAUUUACUUCCUCGUCAAUGAAGUCCGCAAUCCAUUAUAAGGUCACGACGGACAAGACAAAAGAUAAUCUGGAAGAGCCAGGACGCACGACUUCAUUAAACUCCCAAACAACUUGUUCAGAAUCAGGCCCUCCGGAUGGCGGGUUUCAGGCCUGGGGGACUGCUGCCGGGUGUUUCCUCGUACAAUUUUGUUCUUUUGGAUACCUAGCAUCUUUUGGAGUUUAUCAAGAUUAUUACACGCGAAUCUAUAUGACCAACCAACCACCAUCUGCAAUAUCAUGGAUUGGUGCAUUGACCUCGUUCCUCGCAGUAAAUGUCGCGUUGAUCUCGGGUCCGCUGUACGAUAGAGGGUGGUUUUAUCGACUCAUGAUUGUGGGGUCGCUGCUCCAAUCGCUGUCCUUGUUUGCCUUAUCCUUCGCGAAGCCUGGUCAGUUUUACUUGGCGUUUAUGGUUCAAGGUGUCCUUGCUGGGUUUGGCAUGGGCCUGACGUACGGUCCUGGUAUUGCAGUCAUCUCUCAACACUUCUCCAGAAAACGCACGUUGGUGAUGUCUCUCGUCACAUCUGGUUCACCGCUCGGCUCCAUGAUUCAUCCGAUCAUGCUCAACCACCUUUUGAAUGGUACUGUUGGCUUUGCAGGAGGCGUUCGCGCCAGCGCGGGCUUUGUCAGUGCUCUGUUAUUGAUCGCCUGUUUAUGUAUGCGCACAAGAGGAUCGCCGGUGCCGACUGUCAGUUAUGCUGUGGUGGCGCGACAAUGCUCUCGUGAGGUUUUGUUCAUCCUGAUGACCGUUGGGUCAACACUAUUUCAGCUCGGGUAUUACUUCCCCAUAUUUUACUUGCAGCUGGACUCUGCCAAACAUGGCAUUGACAAUAAUUUCUCGUUCUACUCCCUUGUGAUAGUGAAUGCGGCUUGUUUUAUCGGACGCUGCACGACAGGAAUAAUUGCGGCGUAUAUUGGGGUGUUGAACCUCACGAUCGUAUCUAGUGUCGCUUGCAGUGCCAUCAUAAUAUCCAUGAUAGCUCUGAGUGACGUGGCUAGCGUGGUUGUGUUAGCAGUUGCAUAUGGCUAUUUUUCUGGAAUUUUCAUCGCCCUGGUAGUUCCAUUGGUGACUGUAUUAACGCCGCCCGAUUUGUCUCAGCUAGGAGCGCGAAUAGGUAUAUAUUGUACCUUCGCUGGUAUGUAUCAUCUAGCUCUGUUCUCAGAACUUCUGACAGUGCGCGAAUGCUCAGGCUUUGGUGGAUUGCUUGGCGGCCCAAUAUCAGGCGCUCUGCUCGGUUCUCAAUAUAGGUGGUGGUUGGCGUCGCUCUUCAGUGGGCUGGUCUCUCUCGUCGGAAGUUUGCUGUUCGUGGUCAUGCGCCUGAUUUUACACCGCCGAGGGAUAAACGGCAGCCUACCCAUAGCUGGCCGGGACACGUGAACUACCGGAUUCUGUCGAGGCCAUUCGCUCGUGCUGUUAUUGUAAAUAUAUUAAACGAAUAGCGGACAACUUAAUCGUCGAGUUUCUGAUUCGCAGACGGGCUUCCAUGGUGAUGAAAUCAUUGACAAUUCACGUACUCUGUUUCCAUGUCAAGACA